GUUCCUGAGGUGCCGGAGGGUGAGUUGAUCAAAGCGUACACUCUGCAGCACGCCGAGAGUGGGCUGGGGAAUGACUAUCUGAAGAGGAAGAAUGUGAUACGGGUGCGAAUGGAGGGCGAGCAGUUUUUAUUACAAGCUAUGAAUGUGGCGAGUGUUGUGGAAUGGAUUGAGGGACUGCAUUCUGCAACGAACGUUGCGUUAGACCUUGAUGAACGUCCGAUGCCUCGAGGUCCGCUAUUCCCUAGG